AAUAUUUUGGUCUUGAAUACAUAUAUUUCGUAUUUGUUGCAUAUAGUUUUUUCUUCUUGAACAAAUAAUUUCAUAUUUUGCCUCUUUCAUGUAUUUUUCCUCUUGAACAUAAAUGAUAUUUUCGGCAAUGGCUUGCCAUAUAGAUUAUCGGCACAUUUUGGUAACAAAUUUAUUUUACCAAAAUGUGCAAUUACCCAAAUUUGCCGUAACACCCUCUCCUCUCCGUCUCUAUCUGCACCUCUGACCCACCCUUAUCCUUCUCUCCUCGUCAGAUAAAGUAAAUCAACGGACGAUGGAUUUUCAUUUGAUGUUUGAUGAGACUCAUCACCCAUUGGAUAUUGGUUACCAUGGUAUCCACUGAUCCAAUGAAGAGUUCGUAAUAAUGAACAACAAGUUCAUAGAUAAUUACUGUUAAGCUUCCCGCGCUUAUGAACAGUCAUGAUGAAAAUAUACCUAGUAUUUGGGGAAAGUAAUCGGCCGUGGACAUGAUAGGUAUCUCUUUCGUUUCAUUAAUCGCAAUCCAUGUGGUAUUGUUGUCAGAUAUAGUCGACUUUCAUGACUUGUCAUUAUUUCAUUUUUACGAAAUCUCACUCAGCCGUAAAAGCAAGAGCGACACGUUUGUAAUUUCAAAGCUACAAGUCUUUAUUAUCAUAUUACAGUGAAUUCAUAUUCGUAAUUUGCUUCAAUCAUUUUGUUCUCUACAUUUUAGAGAAUUCAGACAUUUAUGAGUUAUAUUAAUAUGUUCAAUUCAUCUUCGCACAAAGAAGCAGGCCGAGUGGCGACGGAAAACCUAUAUCAUGAGCAAAAUCAUUUAUCUAGUGUAGACAUGUACCUUGCCGAGUUCUAACGAUGUUCUGCUUUUUUGCGUCAAAAUUAUCUUUCUUCGGAGUGAUCUUGCUUGAAGUCUUAGCUAGCUACCAGAUUCAAGUAGUCGUGGGAUUGGAAUGUCCAACCGGGACAGGAUGGAGCGAAUUCUCAUCCACUUGUUACUACGUACAGGGAGGUAGUAUGGUUUGGGACACAGCAGUUGCUACCUGUGAAGGUCAGGGAGCUUCGAUAGUUGAGAUCACUUCAAUAGAGGAGAACAAUUACGUCAAUAGUAUCUCAAAUGGUUGGCAUAUAUGGCUUAACUGUCGAGACCAUCUUGUGGAAGGACAAUUUGUUUGUGGAGAUGAUGAUCACCCAAUCACUUACACGGCUAACGAAUUGAGUUCAAAUACUGAGCAAGCGGACUGUGUUUAUUCUAUUGCAGGGACUUGGGGUGUUUAUGAUUGCGCAGCAACACCCAUUUCUAUUGUCUGUGAAAUAGAUGAUACAAACUCACAAGAGCCCUCUUCAGCUACUGUCGAAACGGCAGAAUGUCCAACCGGGACAGGAUGGAGCGAAUUCUCAUCCACUUGUUACUACGUACAGGGAGGUAGUAUGGAUUGGGACACAGCAGUUACUACCUGUGAAGGUCAGGGAGCUUCGAUAGUUGAGAUCACUUCAACAGAGGAGAACAAUUACGUCAAUAGUAUCUCAAAUGGAUGGUUUAUAUGGCUUAACUGUAGAGACCAUCUUGUGGAAGGACAAUUUGUUUGUGGAGAUGAUGGUCACCCAAUCGGUUACACGGCUAACGAGAUAUCGAGUUCGAAUACUGAUGUAGCGGACUGUGUAUCUUUCAUAGCAGGAAUUUGGGGUGUUCACUCAUGCUUAACACCCAUGUCUAUCGUCUGUGAAUUAGAUGAUACAAACUCACAAGAGCCCUCUUCAGCUACUGUCGAAACGGCAGAAUGUCCAACCGGGACAGGAUGGAGCGAAUUCUCAUCCACUUGUUACUACGUACAGGGAGGUAGUAUGGAUUGGGACACAGCAGUUACUACCUGUGAAGGUCAGGGAGCUUCGAUAGUUGAGAUCACUUCAACAGAGGAGAACAAUUACGUCAAUAGUAUCUCAAAUGGCUGGCAUAUAUGGCUUAACUGUAGAGACCAUCUUGUGGAAGGACAAUUUGUUUGUGGAGAUGAUGAUCAUCCAAUCACUUACACGGCUAACGAACUGAGUUUGAAUACUGAGCAAGCGGACUGUGUUUAUUCUAUUGCAGGGACUUGGGGUGUUUACGAUUGCGCAGUAACACCCAUUUCUAUUGUCUGUGAAAUAGAUGAUACAAACCCACAAGAACUCUCUUCAGCUACUGUCGAAACUGCAGAAUGUCCUACUGGGACAGGAUGGAGCGAAUUCUCAUCCACUUGUUACUACGUACAGGGAGGUAGUAUGGUUUGGGACACAGCAGUUGCUACCUGUGAAGGUCAGGGAGCUUCGAUAGUUGAGAUCACUUCAAUAGAGGAGAACAAUUACGUCAAUAGUAUCUCAAAUGGAUGGUUUAUAUGGCUUAACUGUAGAGACCAUCUUGUGGAAGGACAAUUUGUUUGUGGAGAUGAUGAUCACCCAAUCACUUACACGGCUAACGAAAUAUUGAGUUUGAAUACUGAUCAAGCGGACUGUGUUUAUUUCAUAGCAGGAACUUGGGGUGUUUAUGAUUGCGCAGCAACACCCAUUUCCAUCGUCUGUGAAAUAGGAGUUGCAAACCCUCAAGAUACCUCUCCAACUGUUGUAACGACAGAACAACCAAUUUUUUCGUCAGCCGAAAGUGUGGAGAGUACAACAGAGGAGCAUGUUUCAUCCACUGCUGAAGUCACCACUGAUCAAACAAUUCCUUCCGAAAAUGCUGUGAUCACAACCGAUAUGCCGGUUUAUCCAACUGCGGUUCCGAAGAGUCAAAUGCGAGGGUUGAACUUCGGAUACAUGAAGAUAUAUUCAAUCAGUACAGGGAACUGUCUAGUCGGUCACGUGAUUCAUGAUGUCCUACUUUCUUCUAAGAUUCGCUGUGUAGCCCGCUGUUUGAGCCUUCCUGACUGUUUGUCCAUAAAUGUUUUCUCAAGAGAGGGGAGAGUUCAGUGCCAGCUCAAUAAUUCCAAUCGAACUGUAUCGAGCAGUGACUUCCUGAUGGUUGAUGACUGUCAAUAUUUUGAAUAUAUCAUGCAUUCUUAAAUAUUCGCUUGAUUCCACCGAAUACGUUCUUAUACAAGUCAUGUAUAAC